ACCAUACCCCUCUAGAGAAAAUUGCAAAAUCGGAAGGAGGAAGCCAUUUUGUUUGCAGGCGUAGUAAAAUUUAUGUCUGCCAGUGGAAACAAGCCACCAUCCUAAAACUGUUUUCCCCGAUUUGUUAUAAUAACCUUAAACAAUUUGUUUGUGGUUGAAUUAUGUCCACAAUGAAUCCAGACUAGUGAGUAUUAUUGGUGAAAAUACACUGGUUGUAUUCUAUAAUUUGUUUAUAAACAAAAAAAAAGUAGGAGACGGAGAUCUCUGUGAUGUGUGUGUGAUGUCACCAAGAUAUACAUAAUUGAAAUGAUAAUUUCUGAAGUUAUUAUGCUUGUAUCCUUAUUUCUUAGAGGAGUAAAAUGGAGUACUGCAAAUUUUAUUGAUUUUAAUCUAGUUUUAAAAGAAUUUUUCGGGACCGAUUAUUAAUUGUGAGUGAACCAAAAGGACUUUAUUUUAUUAUGAAGUACCCUCCAGUGAUAUAAAUAUAGUUGAGACACUGUUGAGAGGACCAGACUUAAGCUCAACUAUUUAAAAAAAGACAGUGAAAUUCUGGGGCCUAGCUCAACAGAAACUCAUACAAUCACUCAAACUCAAUCUUGCCUUGAUAAAAGUAAACUCCCAUUUUUUAAGGCUGCACACACAGUGUAUGCCUAGGCCAGGCACUUUCGUAAAGCAAGGAGACUACUUCACAAUUAUUAUGGGAAUCGGAACAGAAAAACAGAGUUUUAAUUUUUAGAUGUUGGUGCAAUUUCAUUGAUGAAAGUACUAUUUUGUCUUAAAAUUGUAGUAUUCAUCCACGUCCACACAUUUGUCAGUAGUAGACAUUUGGGCCUACAUUUCCAUUGUAAUUUAUUGUCUUUUCAAUUAACCCCAAUAUUUGUAAUUACUAGGUAAUAUAAUAAGGCGUCUUCGCCUACAAAAUGUUUGAACAUUUACAAAACAUAAGCUAUGUCUUUAAUAUUAGUACUUCCUCUUUAUUAAACCCCUAUGUUAAAUUAUGUAUAAUACUUGUGCCAAUUAUUUAAGCUAGGACAUUUUUGCCAUUUACAAUUAGUUUUGCUUGUCUAAGUAACCUGGAUUACCAUAAGGUUACUCACCACCAUUUCGACCACACCCCCUUUUAAUGGCAUAAGAGGCCAAUACUUACGAAAUAUUUAAUUAUUUACACUUAUUUAUAUUAAAAUAUUUGAUAACUUGUGUUUUAAAGUGUACUUGGAAGGCAUUUAACCACUAACUCCCAUUGGCUUGACUGCAGAACAUCCAUAUUAUCCCAACGUAAAGGGAAUAACUCUAAAUUACUUGUGUUUUUAGAAAGUUCAAUGGAUCUCACUAAUUUAAAAACCAAUUGAUGUGGGAAAAAAUUAUGUAGAGAAACGCAUUAUCUAUCAGCUGAUACCAAAUAUGUAUGGGUGUAUUAAAUAUGUACAUUUUAAAAAAUAUUAACUGUUAGAAAAUGUACACAAAAUUAUAUUGUACAGGACAAUUUCUUUUCUUUUAUCGUAAAAAAAAUACCUAAGUUUAGCUUGCCAUUGAAUGUAGCAAAACAGAGCUCCUAUCUUUUAUUUGAGCUGGUGCGGAAGUUUUUCUGCCAACACUGGUAACAUUGUUUUUUAUGUCGUGGGAGCCGAAUCCUGCGAUGCACCAAAGCUGUUCCAGCAACAGCCAAACCACCAGCAGCAGGGACCUCUACCUCAACCACCUGUCUUCUUCUCAUUGAAGAACCUUUCAUAAGGCUGUGGGCAAUGUCCAAGGGGAAAUUUCUAGAAAUGUCUUGAGAUCUGUUUCUGGACAUGACAUACUGGAUACUUUUAAUAAAGGAUCUGUUGACCAAUACAUUGUUUAUGCAGGUGAUUUGUUUACACCGAACAUAUUUAUGUUUGAAUGUCACUGACAGUGACACGAGUGAAAUUGUGAGCAUACAAAUUAAGCCUGGUCAGAAAUCAUUUGAAGUAGAUAAUCAGGAAAAAAUAAUUUUAAAAUUCCAAUGGCUGCAACUGAAGAUCAAUAUUUGAAUUGACAACAUUAGGCCCAACACCUUAUGUAAACAUGUCUAUUUACACUGGAUUGAGCGUAACACUCUAAGGAAAGCACUCAGUAAUAUUAGCUUCAGUAUCACUAUCGAGUCGUCACCAGAGUUCUCAUUUUAAAUAUUAUGACCAUUUUAAACACUUCCAUCAAGAUUUUCACCGUUUUUAAUGACACUUUUGUAUUAAUCACUUUCAUUACAAUUAUUUGAAACCAAACUUUCUAAGAAUCUGAAUUCUUUAUAUCAAAUAUUUUGAUGUAAAUAGUGGUAAUGAUUGAAUAUUUCCUAAUUAUUAUCUUCCGCCAUUAAAAAGAUGUCGAGGACCACGCCAUGGUCGAAAUUGGGCUGAGUCGCAUUAUGCGGGUUACUUGAAUAAGCAUAAUCAGCAUCUGAUAUAACAUACAUUACUGAGGAUUGGCAUACUUAUUAAUCAAUAUAUGAUGCUUAUUAUUUAAUAUAAAAGAAAUUUAUUUUGAUCUUUGGUACAAGAACAUUAAUGACUCACUAAGAGACACUUUUGCUUAUAAAUGUUAUUGUUAUAAGGUAUACUUGGGCCUAACUAUUUUAAAAAUUGACUGGCAGGCCUGCUCAGAUCAUAUUGUUGCCUUUUUCAUAACCAUUUGUUAGAUCUAAUAAAAAUUUAGAACUAACCAAAGAGAAAAAAGUGGCAUAAAAAUGUGUGAUGCUCUCAAUUCUUGAUUAUGAUAAACUACAAGGCACUGACUGUUCCUCAUGCAUAUUUCAGCAUCUCAAACAUGUUACCUUAGUUUACUUGAAUAAUACAUUACAAAAGUUUUUCUUGAAAGAAAUUUAAAAUGUAAGAAAUAGGUUUAACCCUUUACAGGGCACAUGUUUUUCCUUUUUUAAAACUUUAUAGGGCACAUUCUUUAUGAAUGGGCAACAUUUUUCAGGUUUUUAGUAAGAUUUUAGGUUAUGUUAGUAAAAACAUACAAUCUAAGGUGUUGGCUGUUGGUAAACACAUUUUUGUGAAAUAAAAAACAAAAUAAAGGAAAAUGCAAAUUUAUUUCACUCAAUGUGAAAUGAAUAAUCCAAUGUUGCCAGUCAUCCACACAUGAACACACAUAUUUAAAAAAUACAACAUAUUGCGUCAGUCAUCUAUACAAUAUUUACAAACAUUCUGCCAAGAAGUGUGUAUACUGCUGAUAUCACUGAUGAUAUUAAUAUCUAGCCCCGAUUCAUAGUCAACUUCGUGCACUUCCAUGUCACUUUAAUUGAACCCAGCUAGAUCUCCGCUAUCAUUUAAAGAAUCAUCGAAAUCCAUUUUGAUAAACAAAGCAUUAAAACCCUGAAAAGUUAUUUUUUUUAAAUUUGAUCAAAGCUAGUUUGACUGCGCUAGAUUUUAUUUUAAAAAAUCAAUGUUUCUUUUAAAGUAUGUAUUGUUUUAACAUGUAAUAUUUUUUCUUUAGUGAUUAUCUUUUCAAGCUGCUACUGAUUGGUGAUUCAGGUGUUGGAAAAUCUUGUUUAUUAUUACGAUUUGCUGUAAGUACAGUCUUAAAUACAAACUGGAAGAUAAGACUUUAACAAUCUUGUUUUUUCUCAGUUUAAAAGUUUUAUAAGUGGUUUAAUGUAAGGCGUUUUAAUCAAACCUUUUUUUGAGCAUUCAAAGGACCUUGUUAACGCAUACUUUACCACGUUUGAAAGUAACUGACUAAUUUUAAUUAUUUUAUAAAUUCUUUAAGCUCAAGUUUUAUUGAAAUGACACCAAACACUUUAAUCAAUAGCAAGGGAAUGAUUGGUAAAAUAAAUCUUGAAAUUAUUAUGUUUUUCCUACAGGAUGACACAUACACUGAAAGCUACAUUAGUACCAUCGGUGUAGAUUUUGUAAGUAAAUCUUUAACAAAUUAAUCCUUUUCUUUUUUUUAAAUUUAACAAAAAGUGUUUUAAUCAUUUGAGUGGAUUCAUAACUGUUGAUUUGAAAAUUCUAAAUAUAAUUUAAACACACAUUAAAUUUGAAAUUUAUAAUUAAACUGUAUAGUCAUAUUAUUAAAUUCAUUAUAAAUGAAUAUCUAAGCAUACAAACUUGUUAUUUAAGGGAAAAUAAAUUGGGUAAUGAAUGAAUUUUUUUUUUUUUUUAAGAAAAAAAUUUAAUAUAAUUUCUAUGUUGUAGAAUUGAUAACAUAAAUUUGUCAAAGCUUUUCUUUUUAAUAUCAUUACUGUUUUUUGUGUAAUGCGCAAGAAGUGACAGUGACUUUGUUAUCCUCUUUUCCCUGUAUAAUUUGACAUUGCGCCUUGUAGUUUAUUAGAAUCAAAGUUGGUUAAUUUGAGAAUCACUGGUUGUGGGGGAUCCUCUAAUUCCAUAAAUAAAUUUAUAGAAGGCACAAUCUUAAUGUUAGAUUUUUGGAUCAAUAUUUCUAUAGUUUAAUAGUCAAAAGAUGUUCAUCACCCAAGGAUAUUGAUAUUUGAUAUGUUAACUCCAAAAGUGUUCAAAGACAUGUUUAAGGCAAAGCUCUCUUGAAUAUUUGCCAUUAAACCUCUGUGCCUGAUGACCUGUUUGUCUGUUGUGACAUAGCUUGAUUUUUUUUAAAUGCCUAUAUUUCUCCUUUAAUGUGCAAUGUUUUUGUGAUAAUAAUAUAUUCUAUAAACCACAUAUAAAACCCUUUUUUCAGAAAAUUCGAACAAUAGAAUUGGAUGGCAAGACAAUAAAACUUCAAAUAGUAAGUAUCUUGUUUUUCCUUUAGAGAAUAUUUGUAUAUAUCUAUGUACUUAGGUGGGGUUUGCUCUCAUUUUUCCCUGUUAUAAAAAAUAUAAAGUUUCGUUUAUUUUUAAUUUACAGUGGGAUACUGCAGGACAGGAGAGAUUUAGAACCAUCACAUCCAGUUACUACAGAGGAGCCCAUGGCAUUAUUGUUGUCUAUGAUGUAACAGAUCAGGUUUGUAAAUGUAUUGUUAUUUAGCAGCAGAAAUUUAAAUGACUAUAUUAACAUCAUCUGUAUGAGCCGCAAAAACUAUUAAUAUUAUCUUUUGCGUUCUGCUAUUUUAUUUGUAAUGUCGAUUAUCAUUCUCCUAUAGGAUGUUGCAAAUAUGUGAUAUUUUCUCUGUGAUAUAUUCACCACUUGGAAUAAUCAAAUUCAGCAUUGAAAAUUCACACAACUUGGUUCCUACCAAAAAAAUUUGCUAUAUAUGUAGAGUUUAUAUGAGUCUAUAAUUUUUAAAACUUGGUUACAAAAAUCAUUUUCAAAAAAUGUUUUAGGACCCUCUCUUCACUUGAAUGGUACUUAAUAAGUAUCGGGGCCUAAAAAAAUGUAUCAAUAGUCUGAAAAUGUUUGUGAGAACAAUGAUCAGGGUGAGUGUAAAUGGGGUGAAUUACAACUUGGCUUCCGCUUCAUGGAGAUAGAAAAUGAAUGAAAAAUGAUGUGGGAACUAAGUUCAUUUGAUACUUUUUUUUAUUUGGUCUUUCAAGCAAAGAUUAUUGGACCAUUCUACAGAUUAUUCUGAACCGUCUUAUAGUGAAUAAUGAAACUGGUAAUCUGUAAAUAGUCAUCAGAAAAUACUGAGAUGUGAGAAGUAAACCUAAAGUAUCUCAUAUUUUUUUAAUAUAAUUUUACCAAAAUUGGCAAGGCAGAAUGUGCAAAUUUCUAAACUGCUAUUGUAGUUUUUUUCACUGGUCCCUUUUUUUAGUAAACACUAUUUUACAUUUUAUUUUAAUAAACUGCAAAUUCAAAUAAUGUAAAUUCUUCACAUCAUUUAGGCUUGAAAUAGUAUUUAUUAACCCUAUAACUGUCAGGUGCAUUUUGCUUUAGUGUCAAGCCAUUUUUAGGUUUUAAUAUGCUUGUCAAAAAUUCACAAAAUAUUGAAAAUUGUAAUUUUUUGAGAAUUUUAUUCACUACCUUCACAUUUCUUUCAUAAAACAUACAAAGAGGGAAUGCCCGAACUGAGUUAAAAAAUUCCUUUUCAAUUGAAUUUAUUCAGUACAUUUUUAUUAAUAAAUACCAGUGCUUCAGAACAUACACAAACAUAAAUGUCUUUAAAUCUUUUUAGGGUAGGUAUUUGGGAUCCAGCCUUUUUCUUUUGUUUUCGAUUUUCACCCUUUCCCAAACAAAUUUGUCAGUGACAAUAUGGCUAAGAUUAAGGCUAAAAUUUUCAAUAUCUGACUCUUAUGUCACCAUCACCGCUAUCUGCUGUAACACCACAAAAAUAGGUAUAACAGCCGAUGAUCAGACUUUAUUACAGCUUUUUUUUCUUCUUCUUAUAUAUAUUGAUGCACCUAAAUAUUUCAUCUGAUUCUAAAAAUGGAACAUUCAUUUUUGGGGUUUAAUUUAGAAUAGAAGUUUUGAACAACCUAUAAUUCCAAUAGGCAUGGAGAAAUUCUUAACCUGAAUUUCAACUAUUUAUAAAUCAAUGCUAAUAUCUUGAACCAUUUUUAUAAACAUUACAUGUAACAAUGUAACUGGACCGUUUUUCAUUUUUAUUUGAGAAUUUUUAUUUACAUUGCAGGAGUCUUUCAACAAUGUAAAACAGUGGCUCCAAGAAAUUGACAGAUAUGCUAGUGAAAAUGUCAAUAAGUUGUUGGUUGGCAAUAAAAGUGAUUUGACAACAAAGAAAGUAGUGGACUUCACUACAGCUAAGGUAUACAGUCAAGAUUGGAUUGGAUUUUCAAUUAUUUUUUUCUAAGACAGGAACAUAGCAUCUUAAUAUAUUGCUUUAUGAAUUUUCUACCUGUUCCUAAACUAAUAUUUAAUAUUUUAUUAGGUAAGUUUAAAUAGUGUGAUUUUGUAAAAAAAAAUUUCCUUCUUUCUUAAGACUGCUAUUAUCAACAUCUCUAGAGCAUUAUGUAUUUGUCACUCAAGUGGACUGGAGGGCUGUAUUAUGUUAUUGAUGAAUUUAAAAUUUAUGUUUUCAGGAGUAUGCAGACCAACUUGGUAUACCCUUUUUGGAAACCAGUGCAAAAAAUGCAACAAAUGUAGAACAGGCUUUUAUGACCAUGGCUGCAGAAAUCAAGAACAGAAUGGGGCCCAUUACAGCUGCAUCAGACAGUAAACCUAGUGUAAAGAUAAAUUCUAGCACUCCUGUCAGUGCAAACAAAGGUGGCUGCUGUUAAUGUCUAUUUCUUUCAAAUGUUUUUUGGGGCGUUUUUUUUUUUUUUAAACAUUUUUUUUUCCUCCAGAAUGAGGCUCUCCAGAAAGAGAUGACCAAACUGGGUUUUGUUGAACCUGUCAAAUUUUAAAAUUACAAUGGGUUGCAGUGAACCAAGUUUAUUUCACUUUAGAAUAAAGGGGGACUUUAAAAAAGUAUAUGCUCAUUACUGCUCCCCUGUUACUUUGAAACUGAAAUUGUAAGAGUUUUUUUUUUUUCACUCUUGUAAUUAAUAAAUAUUUCUCAUGUUGAAAUUGUGUUAAUGACUAACUUUCCUGAAAAGAAUUGCUACUUGAGCCUUUUUCAAUUUGGGAUAGACAGGUCUAUCUAGUUCCACUGACUACUAAAUGUAUGAAUGAGAGUUAGUUUCAAAAUGUGCCGCCUUAUCCACUUUACCUUAUUUUGGCCUGAUAUCAAUAUGUUCUGUUAUUAAAUUAUAAUUUUUUUUUGAAGUAAACAAAAUAGAUUUUUUAUCUCUAUUUGAUGUGGUUGUCUUGAGGUGGGCUAAAUGAGCAACAGUGACUGAUAUGUUGGUGCUUUGGAAGAUGUUUUCACUUUAUUUCAUCCAAUUAUGGAGCAGUUAAAUAUGAAUGUGUUUGGUUUAUCAAUUACUCAAAGCUAAACAAAGAGAAACAUUGAAAUUUUACAACAUUGUUUUGUAAAAAAAAAAAAGAAAAUAACAACAAAAUUUGAUGUGUCACUUUGUACAUUCAUCCAGUGUCUUUUCUAAUUUAUUUCUAGUUCUACAAUGAUGCAUGUAUAACCAUGACUGAAUGUUGCAAAGUAAGGUGAAGAUUGUAGGAUGAUGCCCUGAGCUCGAUUAGAAAAUGUUUCAAUACUGGUACAUCACCUAUGUGUAUAUCUUUUUCAUGAAGAAAGUUCCCCAUCAUCUUAUUUUGCAUCUUUCAGCAAUGGUAUUUUCUUUUGUGUGACAAUGGCAACAGCACACUAAAAAAAUCACAUGCGGAUAUGUUUGUUUUGUCUGUCAUUUGUGAUGGUGUGUGCAUUAACUUCACUCAGAAUGUCAUGGAUGCUUUUUUAGGUGGGGUGGGGAAUACAUAAUGCAUAUUUAAAUGAAACCAUAUGUAGAGAAAUGUGGGAAUUAAUAAAAUAACUAUCUGUAUCCUUCAAUGAAAAUAAAAUUUGUAUCUGAAGUUGUACAAUACAUCUAAUUCUGUCUACUUUGUGACUCUGUUUGACUUGGCAAACAUUUUCAUGUAAUACAGAGCUAUGGGGGGGGGGGAGACUUUGUGAAUGGACUGUGGAACGCUAGGAGGAAAUUAGGCAAAGAAGAAUAGUUGAGUAGUUGGAGAUAGAUCAGAGGUUAGCUCAUCAUACAGAAAGGAAAUGGUUACUACGGCUCUAUGAACUUAAGGUUGUCGCUUGGUUUAUGGUUUACAUUAUCCCAUUAAUGCUAACUUAAAGAAUGCUUGUGAUAGUGAGGGUGGUGUGGUCUGUCAUUAUCAUUUGGGAUAUCUAUUUUCCAUUAUGCAUAGCCUUUCAUCCAUAAUGUUGUAUUGCAAUAUGGGUGGUUGAUGACUGAGGGACAGUAGAUGUACAUAAGUCUGCAUGCUUACAAAAUGUUUAUUUUUGUGCCAUGUGAUACCGUACUUGUCAUUAAAUUUUGAAAAUAUUGUCCCUUUGUUUUUUUUGUUUGUUUUUAAAUUCAGAAAUGGUUGUAGCAGUCACGAAUGUCAGGCAUUUUAUUUUUCAAUAAUUUUAUGUGUGUUCAUGACCAUUAGAAAGAAAUAACACAUUUUACCUAAGACAUUCCGAUGGAAAAAGAAAAAAAAAACAGCUGUUUAGCCAAUGAACCUCUUUUGUUUAUUCUCUAGAAUUGUUCUAUCAUUCUCUUCAAGCAAGAGCCAUUAUAGUUCAGGGAGGUAAUGGAAUGGUUAGUGUUAUUCAGAUAUUGUAGUUGUAUCCAUUUGUGCAAUUUUUUUCAAAUUAUUUCAUUUAUUUCACAUCCCUUUUUGUGUUGUUUUUUUUUUAAAAUGAAGAUGCAUUAUAAUUAUAGGUGUCUACAUUUCAGAUUAUUUUUUUUUUUAUUAAUAAUUAUAAAAUAGAAGCGCUGCAACUUGACUGAAUGGAUUGUUGAUUGCAUUAUAAAGCACUUUCCAUUCCAAGUUUUCAACAUAUUGUUUCUACUGUUUUUACAAGGUGAUUGGAUCACUUCUUGUAUAAGCUGCUAUCAGUUGUAUUGGAAAACAACUGGUUUAAAGGUUUUUGUACUCAGAAAGCUACAGAAUUAUUCCUUAGAUUUUGGUAGAACACUAACCAAGUUUGUUGUGUAGGAAAAACUAUAAAGGGCUGGAAACUACCACAAUCAAUCAGUUAAUGGUGGAAGACAGAAAGCCUUUUUUCUCCAUCUUCUUGCUUCGUUUUAUUGUGGGCUCAACUGAGGAAACAUGAUUAUUGUUCAUCUUCAGAGAAGCAGGAUAACAAUCGCUGCACUGUAAACAUUAUCAUUAACAAAUAAAAAUAUCUGUAUAUAUAUAUAUACA